AUGCCCUUCCAGUCUCGCUGGACCAUCGACAUCCCCAACUGCCACCUCGCGACCCUCCUCUUCACCUCGCCUACCCACCCACUCUCCCAGACUCGUCCCUGUUUCCUCGACGCCGCCAGGCCCGAUACCCACUACUUCACGGAGCACGCCUUCCGUCUCUGGAGCCAGCGGUUCGCCGCGGGCCUCCGGAGAGCCGGGCUGCAGCGCGGGGAUCGCGUGCUCCUGUUCUCCGGGAAUGAUCUGUUCUUCCCCGUCGUGUUCAUGGGGAUCAUCAUGGCUGGGGGCAUCUUCACCGGGGCCAACCCGACGUUCGUGGCACGGGAGUUGGAGUACCAGCUCCGGGAUUCGGAGGCGACGUUCUUGAUCUGUGCGAUGGGGAGUUUGGCUACUGGGGUGCAGGCGGCCAGGGGGGCGGGGUUGGGGUUGGACCGGGUGUUUGUUUUUGAUAAUGCGGUGUUCGAGCAAUAUGGCGCUGAUCAAGGCACUGACCGGAUACACAAGAAGCACGAGGAAGGGCUCCGAGGGUGUCGCUACUGGGGGGAGUUGAUCGCGUCCGCCGAGGAGGGGAGUCGCUUCGUGUGGGAAGAUCUAAUGACGCCGGGAGCGGCCGAUACACGGACGCUGGCGCUGAAUUACUCGAGCGGUACCACCGGAAGACCCAAGGGGGUCGAGAUCACGCACAAGAACUACGUCGCCAAUUUGUUGCAGUAUAACUUCCUCUUCUACCUGUACCCGGACUGGGUGGAACGGGUGGCGCGCGCGCGUUGGCUGUGUUUCCUGCCCAUGUAUCAUGCCAUGGCGCAGAAUAUCUUCAUUGCCGCGGCGUUGCGGCGCGGCGUGCCCGUCUACAUCAUGCCCAAGUUUGACAUGCUGACGAUGCUGGAGUAUACCGAGAAGUUUCGCAUCACGGAUUACAUUAUCGUGCCGCCCGUGGUGGUGGCAUUGGCGAAACACCCUGCUGUCCGCAGCGGCCAGUAUGAUUUGAGCAGCGUGGAGGGAGUCUUCAGCGGUGCGGCACCCUUGGGUGCGGAGGUCUGCGAGCAGGUUGAGAAGCUUUGGGCACCGGGUCAAAUCAAGGUCCGCCAAGGAUGGGGGAUGACUGAGACGACGUGUUCACUGUUAGGCUGGGAUCCCAGAAUGCAGCCUCACCCAGCAUCGGUGGGAGAGCUGAACGCCAAUUGUGAAGCCAAAAUCAUGGCCGACGAUGACAAGACAGAGUUGGGACCAAAUCAGCGCGGCGAGCUGUGGGUGCGGGGCCAGAACAUCAUGAAAGGCUACUGGAAGAACCCAGGAGCGACCAAAGAAGCCAAAACAGAAGACGGUUGGCUGAAGACAGGCGAUAUUGCCUUUGUGAACGAUCAAGGCCUUUUCCAUGUGGUAGACCGGAAAAAGGAAUUAAUCAAAGUCAAAGGAAAUCAGGUCGCGCCAGCUGAACUGGAGGCGAUAUUGCUAGACCAUCCUGCAGUGGCCGAUGCCGCCGUCAUUGGCGUUCCCCUGAACGACGACGAGCGUCCUCGAGCAUAUAUCGUACUGAAUUCCGGGCAAACCGCCACCAAAAAGGACAUACUGUCAUUCAUGGACGGUAAAGUAUCGCCGUUCAAGCGUAUCACGGGAGGAGUAGUGUUCAUUGAUGCAAUUCCCAAAAAUCCCUCAGGUAAGAUCCUGAGAAAGAUGCUUCGCGAGCGUGCCAAUGCGGAGAUACAGCCGACUGCUAGACUAUAGAUUAUCUUUUCAGUAUCCCAAGAUCUUCCCAACUCAUACCCACAUAAAAGCUGUACAUGCGUCGAGAUUAAGAGCUCAUAGGCUAGCGAAAUUGGCUAUCAGAGGCGGUGAUUUACCUGAAUAUGUGCGGUCGGUUUCCUCGAGGCUAUACCAUAAACUUGGGCAAUUUUCGUAGAAAGAAAGAGACCCCAUCGCGCUGUACCCGGCAGACAGCAAUAUUGCGGCAUCAUCCACGAGGUUCUAGAAUGCAAGCUGGCAAUAUGAUAGCCUAAGCAAUAGGAAGUGAUGGGAAGGAGAAAGCAGCAUACGUUGGUCCAACCCAUAAGACAAUGCGAGUACCAGUUAAGGCCACCCAGUGGGGGUGAACGACCGAUCGAUCGACGGCAUGCAUUUCGAUCAGUGCGAAUGUUAUUG